CAGCAGCAGCGGGCGCGUGGAGAGCGCGCGAGAGAGGGGCGGCAGGGAGAGGGGCGAGGGGCGCAGACACCCUCCACAGAAACAUGGAUGAUCAAAAGCCAUUAAAAGUAAUUUAAACCAAAAAGCCAAGCCAAGGAACAACAUGCAACAGAAGACAGUCCUUUCGGACAGCGAUCGUAACCAGCGUUCCCGUUUUGAUGAAGUUUGAAGUCAGCGAAGUUUCGGAAUUGAGUAAAGUGCCUGUCGCUUGGUCCCGCUGUCGGAAUAAUUGGCUAAAUCAGACGGCUGAAGGCUUCAACGCCAGACGAUGAAGUUAACAUGAGUACGACGACAUGCAUAGCGUGGAAAAGACGAAUAGAUUGACAAGGACAUCUAUUUGAUACCCAUUGACGCUUUGGGAAACUUUUGGUUAUAGUGGAGCAAAGGUGAUACAACGAUUUCAUUUCAGUCCUCCGACUUCUGUGGGGGUAAUUAAAUUUGUCUGACGUGAUUGAUAAGUGCAGUCCUUUUCAGGAUCUACGAGAAACAUGAGUGGGGGCAGGUUUGAGUUUGAUGAUGGCGGGGCGUACUGUGGCGGUUGGGAGGGGGGCAAAGCGCACGGCCAUGGAAUCUGCACAGGACCUAAAGGGCAAGGAGAAUUCUCGGGCUCCUGGAAUUACGGAUUUGAAGUGGUCGGAAUCUACACCUGGCCGAGUGGAAACACAUACGAGGGGUACUGGUCGCAGGGCAAACGUCACGGCCUGGGCAUAGAGACAAAAGGACACUGGGUAUACAAGGGCGAGUGGACACACGGCUUCAAAGGAAGGUAUGGCACGCGCCUCAGUCAAGGAAGUGGCGCCAAGUAUGAAGGUACGUGGAAUAAUGGACUUCAGGAGGGAUACGGCACAGAGACAUACGCAGAUGGAGGCACGUUCCAGGGCCAGUUCAUGGGCGGCAUGCGUCACGGCUACGGCGUGCGCCAGAGCGUCCCCUACGGCAUGGCGGCGGUGGUCAAGUCCCCUCUCCGCACCUCCCUCACCUCCCUCCGCAGCGAGCACAGCAACGGCACGCUGCUGCAGCAGGACGUGCCGGCCAUCACCACCACCAACGCGGCGGGCCAGGAGACGCUGGUGGCCCCCAGCACGCCGGGGCCCUCGCGCGGCGGCUUCGCCCUCUCCCUGCACUUUGAUCCCAACGCCGUGCCGCCCAAGAAGAAGGGCCUGUUCCGCCGCGGCUCCCUGUUGGGCAAGCUGAAGAAGUCGGACUCGCGCACCUCGCUGUCCAGCAACAAGAGCAGGAUCAGCUUCCUGGCGUCCCGCAGCGAUUCGGCCAUGAGCUCCUCGGCCAGCGACGCCAACUCCACCAUCAGCCUUGGCGACAGCGAGCCCGAGGGCGAGGGACAGGACUUCCCGCCCGUGGAGGCCGACAUCGACGCCACCACCACCGAGGUCUACAUGGGCGAGUGGAAGAACGACAAGCGCGCCGGCUACGGCAUCAGCGAGCGCUCCAGCGGCCUCAAGUACGAGGGCGAGUGGCUCAACAACCAGCGCCACGGCUACGGCUGCACUACCUUCGCCGAGGGCGGCAAGGAGGAGGGCAAGUACGUCAACAACAUGCUGGUGAAGGCCGUGAAGAAGCGGGUGAUCCAGCUCAAGGGCACCAAGAUCAAGCAGAAGGUGGAGCGCAGCGUGGAGGGCGCUCAGAGGGCCGCCGCCAUCGCCAAGCAGAAGUCAGAGAUCGCCGGCUCCAGGACCAACCAUGCUAAGUCCAAGGGAGAUUCAGCUGACCAGUCAGCCCAGGCUGCCAACCAGGAGUCCAGCAUUGCCAGGGUGGUUGCCAAGGAACUGUCUCCAUCCUUCCACCAGCCAGGCCCUGAAUACCUGAAGAAGCGGGAACUGCAGGAGAUUGAGAACCAUGAGCACGCUGACCCCAUGCUCCACGAGCCCAUGAUGGGUGACGAUGGGACCCCACCGGAGAGCCCCUUCACUGACACCCUGAGGCCCGCCUCCGCUCCCAUGCGAACCCGCACCCCGUCCCCCUGCCCCGCAGACCUGGGGGCCGGCCGCGGCGACCCAAACCUGCUGGGCCCUGGGGCGUGGAACGGAGACAGGGCUAAGUCGGCGUCCGGGAGCCUGGGAGGUGGCAGCAAGCCGGGCAGCCGCCCCAACAGCAGGCCCACCACGCCCUCGUCAGCAGCGGCCGCCCCGGCCACGUCCCCCUCCCCGACCCCUGCUGCAGCAGCUGCCCCUGGAGCGGAGGAGCGGCCUGCCAGCCGUGGCCCAUCACGCACCCCCAGCCGUCAGAGCAACAAGCCCGAGCAGGGCUCUGACCUGGAGAUCCAGGCCCUGCAGAAGACAGAUGAGGAGGGGGCGGCAGUGGAGGAAGCAGCACCAACAGCUGGCCCUGCGCGCACCCCUUCUCCUGCUGUAGCUGCAGCUCCUGCGCGUACACCCACCCCUUCAGCUGCGCCUCCUGCGCGCACACCCACCCCUUCAGCUGCUCCUGCUGCUGCCGCCACGCCUACCCCCUCUCCAGCCCCUACACCUUCCCCUGUCGCUGCCGCCCCUGCUGCCCCGACCCCAUCCCCCACCCCUGCAGCUGCAGCAGCACCCACUCCCACACGCACCCCUGUGCCAACCCCUGUGCCGACCCCUGUCCCCGCCCAGGCCGAAGAGGAGGAGGAAGAAGAAGCACCCCCUCGCCCUGCCUCCCGCCCCGCGUCCAAAGCGUCCCUCAAAGCACCGACGCCAGAGCCUCGUCCGCCGUCCGUUGGUCCUCGGCCGCCGUCGGUGGCCGAGAGCGAGAAGAGGGCGUCCAGGACCGAGCUCCGGCCAUCGCCCAAGCCCUCACAGAGACGCGAGCCCAGCCCGGCUGCCAGAUCUAUUGCAGCCCCCAGGACCCCCGAGCCCAAGCCUGAGCCCAAACCGGUGGCCAAAGCUCCAGCCAAGCCAGAGAUCAAGGUGGAGAGGCAGAGGGUCGUGCUGAAAACACCCAGCGAGGCGGCAGACCUCUCAGAGCUGGAAGAGAGCCCUAACAUGAUAAUGAUCUGUAUGGUGAUCCUGCUGAACAUCGGACUGGCCAUACUGUUUGUACACAUCCUGUCCUGAAGCCUUGCAACGACAGGAAUUCCCACCUGUGUGUUGAUGGAGGAUCAGGAGGAGCUGGGAGCUCCACCAUUAUGCUGGACCACCGUGAUCACAGACUCUUCACUUGAGCUCUGAGCUGCUGUUGCUGUUGCUGGCCCCUAGAGACGGGGAUGACUGUCACUCUGACACAAGCCUCCGGGCAGCACAGGCAGCCCUCUGCCCUCUCUCUCUCUCUCUCUCUCUCUCUCUGCCUCUCAAUCUAACCAGAGGUGGACCUUAGGCAGCCUUGUGGUUUUUCUCUGUGCCUCUGUCUCCUCUGCUGCUGUUGUGUUCAGAUGUGAGAAGAUGUCAGUUGCGCAGCCUACCUGCCUGCCUGCCGGCCUGCCUGCCCAUCAAAAGCAGUCUCUGCUGGAGGGGAGAGCUAGGAGGUCUUCCUGGAUGCUUUUCUGUGGAGCCAAAGAUGUGACCUUUGUUUUGAAAAGGACGAUGCAGCUGUCAGUGAGGAGUAGUGAAAUCUGUGCUGUUAAUCUUGACAAGAUGCUAGUUGUAGUUGUAUUCUUGUUUGUGAAGGGCUGAGUGUGAAUCAAGGAGAAACCAGGAACAGGGUAUUCCCUUAUACUCAAAGAAGGAGCUCUCUCUACAGAACUACAGCCUAACUACAACCAAGGCAUUUUAUUGGGUUGUUUUUUUGUGGUAACAGUAAGAACUAGCCUGAUGAAGUUGAAAGAAAUGAUCAAGAAGCCUAUGAUGGUGUUUGUAACAUGAAAGGAGGGAGAAAAAAUGCUUGUUCUGUGUUGAGUUAUUACCUAUUUAUAUCACUGGAUUGUUUCUCUUUUCAAGCAAUAUCAAAACAUUAUAUUUCUGUAACUGUGCACAUGUACUAAGCAAGAUGUCUUAAAGAAUUUGCUAACUUCACAAGUACACUGUCCAAGAUGUGAACUCAAUUCACAGCUGUCAUGAUUUGGUUUGGUUUGCAUGGGUUAGCAAUGUAGACACAAAAACAACAAAAACAAAUUUGUUAUUCUGUCACGAGAGCUGGAAUCAUGUUGCUACAAACUCACCCAGUCGUGUUUAGAAUGCCGUUAGUGUUUUACAUGAACUGAGUGAUCUGUAAGGUGACUGACUAGCUUGCACUUGUCUGACUGUGAGCCAUAGUUAUGUAAGGGGGGAUAUGUGCUUCAGCAAAUGGAGAUAAGAGGAGCAUGGUCCUGCCGCCACACUUUACAAAACCACUGUGUCAUUUGACGUGGAAAGGGUGUUUGAGUAGGUGCCAUGGAAUGCGUGCUACUAGUGUGGUCUGCGGAUGUAUUAGAACACGGUGAGUGAUACAUGGUUGGGUUGGAAUUUCGGGUUGGUUGGCAGAAUUGUUAAUCUCACUGUUAUGUAGAUAGUUUUUAAAAUAUCAUGUUUUUGGGGGUUGUUAAUUUUGAAAAAUAAUGAAGUAUUCAGCAACACUAAGAUAUUUUGAAAAAAAUAUUAAAUCUAUGUGUUAAAGACCAAUUGUGUUCUUUGGCAGAAUUGGACAUUUUACAUCUGAAAGGAGGAGCAUGUAGGCAGUGUAAUUGGCUUGUAGUAUCCCCCCACUGUCCGAUAUGUGUGCAUGUUCAGGAGGAGUUUUUCAUGCCUCUUCACUAAAAUGACGCCAUGCCAGGACUGUAUGAAGUAUGACUGUUAUUUGAGCACAAUAUACAGUAGUCUGUCUACAAAGGGCUAUAUAAAGACUUAACACUUGCCCCUGGGUGUUCCAUAUAUUUCAUUUUAUAGAAAAAAAGGAAAAACAAAUGCUUUUAACCUCAGGUGUUGUAUUGUAAGGAGUAGAGAGUUUGUUAAAGACAUAAACAUGCACAGACACACUACACACAUCUUUGUGUCAGCCAAAACAUUUGUUACAGGUGUGCGUGUUCACCCAAACAGUUUUUUUUUUCUCGUUUGCCCUGUUAAAAUAUGUACUUAUGGAUGUAUGGAUUACUAUGUAUGUUUCAAUGAGUGGUCAGCACCCCAGUUUAGAAAGCUAUUUUGUUUGUCCAUCACGUACAUAUUUAUUACUGUUCUGUCAGCCUUGCAUUGGUCAAAUUUAAAUAAAACAUUUUUUCAGUCCAAA